AUAUGUGUAUUUCAUGUGUUGGUGUAUGUGCUGUUUUUGCGAACUGUGGAUUAAAAUCCAGUAAACAUUACAAAAUCCAAAAUGGAAAAGAAUGGAGAGUCUAAAAAGAAUGUAAAGGAAGGAUAAAAGGAUCACGCUGCAUUCUGGCACUAUUAAGGAUGUCGUUGCGGAAUGUUUUUUUCUUUUUCCAUUUCUUGAGCUCUCCUGUAAUGAAAGACUGAGAACAGCAUCUCUGCUUUUUAAUGGACAUUUUCCUGGCGUCUGUAGUUCUGGAAACUUCAUGUAAGGACAACAUAUUACACUAGACCUGAACUACAAUUAUUUUAUUAAAACAUAGCCAUAUUUCAAAACAGUAAAAUAUAAUAUAUGUAACUUUUUCUUAUUCAUAUUUUGUCAGCACAAGGACUGGAAAUUCAGAGUUGGCUAGACUUGGGAAGGCUAAUGGAAAGAACCUAGACUUUUUGUAACGGCAAGCAUGGAAACUUUAGUUUAAACUCUGGAAAUUUGAAUUUGACUUUGCUUCCUGUUUUAUUCACUUGUGGAAUAUGGUUGUUUGAAUACAGACGGACAAAAAUUGCUCUUAAAGAGGCAGUAGACUGUUACGGAAGGAAAUGGAGAGUAAGCCCAGCAAUUCAUUUUUGGACAAAUUAACAAACUUUUUUACUCAAUAUGAAAAGCAUGAACUCCAAGCACUGACUGAGGAGAGUCCAAAUGUGACUUCUUUUCAUUAUUUGUCUGAGAAAGGAGAUGUUAUCGAUCAAAGGCAGGAUGGUUUCGAUGUUCAAGGGGACGAUUUUGAUAUAAUUGUUCAGACUUUACAAACGAAUGCUGAGGAGGACAGAACAAGGGACCAUAUCAAAAAAUCAGAGCAUCAGAAUGUUAAUGAAACUCAUGACGUUAAUGAAACUCAAUGCCAGACUGAGCAGGAUGUAACAGAUGGUCAAGCUGACACAACGUCUAAAUCACUUAGCGAGGUCUCAGCCAGUGACAGUGCUAACAGACUGGACAAACAACUUGAGAACCCAGCACUCGUUACAGUGGAUAAUAAAGAACCUGAUUUAAGAGAAGGAUCUUUAUUCAGUGAUGAAAAGUUUGUUUCAAAAAGCAAUGAUAAGGAUAUGAGCAAAAACAAACUCAAGCAGGACAUGUCUGAAAAUGAGACCGUUGUUGUAGAAUCAGGUGAUGUCAGCAAUGAGGAGCUUUUUGGUGUUGUGCAAAAUAAGAGAGGAGAAGGCCACAUAGAGGAAACCAGCAGCCGCAGCAGCAAAGAAAAAUUGAAAAUGUUCAGAGAGAACACUGAGAAAGAACCAUUGAAAGACAAAGUCUGUCAGUACGUCCUCAUGGACAAUAAAAGUACAAAUAUUCCUUCUGACAGAAACAAUCUGACUGAGUCUUUGAAUUCGUCCACAAAUAACAAUAAUGACUUUUCAGUGCAAAGUCAGCAGGACAUAUCUGCUGCUGAGAGCAAAACAGAGCGUUAUGGAAAUCAUCAACACUCUGCAGAUGUUCCAGAGGUAACCAAAACUGGUGCAAAUGAACAAACUCUGGUUUACGAUGACCAGACAUCCACAAACAUGGACAUUCAGACCACAUUAACACACUGUGAAGUUCAUAGUCUCACCGAUAAAGAGGUUCUUUCUUCAGACUCACCUAAGAACACCAGAACUGUAGUCAUCACCUUUACACGUGUUAAAGAUCUUUCUGCAGGAUCAUGUGUUGAUACUGAAAAGAUCCAGUUGAGAGAUGAGACUGCAGUUCAAGCUACAUUCAGUAGAAGCAGUGCAGAAUCAGACAGCAAUUUUGGGGAGGUCCAUCCACCUACUGUAAGCCAGAAGGACCAAAGGAAUCAUUCUGAGACUGGAGGUGAGAUUUCAGAAGGUUCUGGCCUCUGUGACACUGGAGUGCACAGUUCAUCUGAGCUAGAUAAUUCGGAACCAGAACCAGUGACCAUCCAGCUGGAGGAACAGGUGAUAAAACUGCAUACAGAAGAAGAAAUUAAUAAAGAGAAUAAAGAAGAAAUAAUAGAAGAAGAGACUAUGUUAGAUACAGAUUCAUCUUCCACUGAGAAGAUCACAACUGACCAAACCUCCAAAGCAGUAAAAGAAAAACCCCUCCAUCUGUCGUCCCUCUUCACCGGGCUGCUCAGCCCCAAGAAAGAAGCCCUUGAGGAAAAAGACACUCCAGAGCAACCCCAAAGCCCUGCCAAAAGAGGACUUUUUACCGAUCAGUCUAACAAGAAAGAAGUCAAAGGAGACUUCCUUGAACAGCUUACCCAAUUCCUCAGCAAGGGGGAAGGGAAGAGAAAACAAGAGAGCAUGACAAGCCCCCCACUGUCUCCAAUCAGUCAGGAUCCUGCAGAAAAGCAAGAGACAACUGUAGAGGAGCCGGCCAUUCUCCGGUCUGAGGAAACAGGCGAAUCUACAAAUGCAGAGACGGCCUUAGAUGCAUUGAAGGCUUUCUUCAAAGUUAAAUCUGCCAAAAAGGACACUCCAAAUCGCAUGGACCUGGAAACUGUAAAGAGGAAGAUCAACAGGGACAAAGACGUCCUCAAAGCCUUCUUUGAUAGGACCUCAAGCAAGUCUCCAGACAACAAAGAAACUGAUUCCAAAGCUGAGGUGAGUGAGGAGCACACUCCUAAGCGACUUCAGACUGUUUGGCCUCCACCAAAACCCAAAGACGAAGAGGAAAAGAUUGGUCUAAAAUACACUGAAGCAGAGCAUCAGGCAGCUCUUCUGCAGCUAAAAAGGGAAUGUAAUGAGGAAGUGGAGAAAUUGCAGGCUGACUUCAAACUGGAGCUCUUCCGGUUACAAAAGAAGAAUGAAGAGGAUCUGUCCAGACUAGAGACAACCGUCGCCAGCUUACAAAGAGUGAGAGACAAAGAAAGAGACCGAAAUCACAGAGAUGUUGCUGUGUCCACUGAAGACAACAUCAAGCCACCGGCCUUCCGGUCUGUGUGUAUUCAGACAGAAAGAGAGACAGACAACAAGUCUGAUGAGGCCAAGGAAACCCAGAGCAGGGAUUUUGACCCCCUGGCUAAAAAUGCUGACCUCAAGUCAACAAAAAGCUUUACUGGCAAACUAAAGACCUUUCCUCCUCCAGCUCCUCCACCUGUAUCACUUCAGUUACAGAUGGAUAGCAACAAUACACCACCCCCACCUCCACCCCCUCCUCCGCUUCCUCCUCCAGCAGGCCCUAGUAUUCCUAAUGUACCUCCACUUCCUGCUCAGCCACUAGAGAGGCCAGGAAGUGUGCCUCCUCCACCUCCUCCACCACCUCCACCAAUGACAGGAUGUGGUGUGCCACCGCCACUACCUGUCCUCCACUCUGCCCCCCCUCCCCCUCCUCCUGGAGCUGGUAUCUUCUCCACUAUAGCAGCAGACAAUCCUACUCAUAAGCCAUCAGUGGAGCCGGUCUGUCCAAUGAAACCUCUGUACUGGACACGGAUACAGAUUCAAGAUAACAGGAACAAUAUGCUAUGGAGUUCCCUGGAAGAGCCAGAGAUAAUAAACACCAAUGAGUUUGCGGAACUGUUUGCUAAAGCCACGUCGCCCACCAAAAGAAAGCCCCUAUCUGAAGCCUAUGAGAAGAAAACCAAAGCCAGGAAGGUCAUUAAACUACUGGAUGGCAAGCGCUCUCAGGCCGUGGGCAUCUUAAUCUCAAGUCUCCAUCUGGAGAUGAAAGACAUCCAGCAAGCUGUUUUGACUCUGGAUAAUUCUGUGGUUGACUUGGAUGCUAUUGAAGCCCUGUAUGAAAAUAGAGCUCAGUCCGAGGAGUUAGAGAAGAUUAAGAAACACUAUGAAACCUCAGACGAGGAGCAGGUCAAACUACUGGACAAGCCUGAACAGUUCCUGUAUGAACUCUCCCAGAUCCCUGAGUUCUCCAGUCGAGUUCACUGUUUCAUUUUUCAGUCAAAGUUUACUGACGCCGUUGCCUCUAUACAGCGCAAGACUGAGAUUAUUUUUCACGUCUGCAAGUAUCUGUUGGAGAAAGACAGUGUGAAGAAGUUGAUAGGACUGGUGCUUGCUCUGGGAAACUACAUGAAUGGAGGCAGCAGAGCUCGAGGACAGGCUGACGGAUUUGGCCUUGAGAUACUUCCCAAGCUUAAAGACGUCAAGAGCAGGCAAAACAUUAGUCUGUUGGACUACAUUGUUUCCUACUAUCUGCGUCAUCUUGAUAAGAACGCUGGGUCAGAAAAGAGCAUCUUCCCUUUGCCCGAACCUCAAGAUGUUUUCCUUUCCUCUCAAGUGAAGUUUGAUGACCUCUCAAAGGAUCUUCGGAAGCUGAACAGAGACCUGACACUUUGUGAAAAGGAUGUCCUAACAGUGUGUACCAACUCAUCUCAUGAGCACGUACAUCCCUUCAAGGAAAAAAUGGACUCUUUCAUUGCCAAUGCACAAAAAGAGUUAAUUACUGUGGAACAUCAAAUGGUAUCGGCACGUAAAAGCUUCUCUGACCUAGUGGAGUACUUUGGACUGAAGCCACGUUCUGGAGAGCCAGAGAUUUUGCCUGGCAAUGUGUUCACACUUUGGUUUGAAUUCUGCAGUGAUUUCAAGAUCAGGUGGAAGAGAGAGAACAAGGUCAUAUCCAAACAGAGAAUCAAAGAGGCCCAACUGUCAGUGCGCAACAUGACAGCAGAGAAAAAGAUUGAGACCAGAAAGGCACAUGCGAAUGGACUGAAAGAGAGACUGCGUCUGAAAGAAGCAAGUCUGACCACCAGCUAACCCCAUCUG